UUUCCGAGGAGUAGUUUGCUCCGUCUUCGACCACUGCCUCUCUGUAUUCCAUUCCGUGACGACGUGACGAGUGAUUAGACAACGAGAAGAUGAACAAAUUUCUGACGCUAGUACUUCUUGCUGCGUACACUGCAGCAGGACCUACAGACGUACAGUCGUCUCAGAAUUUGAAUUGUGUGGAGUACGACAAUGCGUUCUUCAGCUGCAUGUUCGUGAAGACUAUCGGUGCUCUUAACAGAGCGACUCGAUCGAGCAACAUCGAAAUCAUCGAUGGUAUAACUUUCGUACGAGAUACCCCGAUGGAGCGUCUUGGCAGGAAUUUAGAAACAAACGAAAAGGAAAUCAUGAAAGAACUACCAAGCGAGAGUACCGAUAGAAUAAUGAAACUUUUCUAUAUGCUGUACGAUUCCGUUGCCUCUUUUACGAAGAGCCAUAGUUUGAAAUUUGACAUGUCCGAAGUUCCAAUUUCUCGAGCCCUGACUGAAGGACGCGCCAAGAUCAAGAAAGUAUUUCUGCCAUUGAUUGCUGCAGCGGGUUUGAAGAUCUUCGCACUUGCACCGCUCUUGCUUUUUGGCUUAGGUCUGCUAACUGUGAAAGCUUUAAUGUUCGGUAAACUCGCCUUACUUGCUACCGGCUACGUGGUAUUGCAGAAGCUUUUUGGCGGUAACAAUGUGGGUACUUUCUUUAAUAAAAAUCCUGGACCUCUCUUCUAUGACUCCGUUGGUCAUGAAGGUUGGGCCGCUGGAAGUGUACCCCAGCAACAAGCAUACUACAGAAACUUGGGCGCCCAAAAUUUGGCAUAUACUGGUCACUUAUCGAAUGUCGCACCGGAUAAUUAAGACAUUUUUGUUAUCUGCCAUGGAGAAACUUAGAAGCCAUAUCUCACGGAGCCAAAACACUUUUUCGAGGCCAUUGGACCCACCUACGACUAGAUUAUAGUAUUUA